AUGGGCUGCGGGAAUAGCAAGGUUCUCACGAAUUCUUCGAAAAACGGCUACGUUAGCUUUGUAAAGUCAUUUGUGAUCUGCAGUAACAAGGAAAGCGAGAUAGAAAAGCCACGUAAAUGUAACGGUAAACGAAAUAUCUCAUGGGGAGACCACGAUGGAUCUAUACAAUCAACAGGAAGCAUCCGGCAGCUGACAAUCAAUGAUGGGCAGAGACAGAGAAAAGUUGAAAAGUACAGGGCUAAAUUUGACUCUCGAGUGACAGCGAGGUAUGACAUCAAGGCCCUGAUAGGCCGUGGCAGCUUUAGCCAUGUAGUGCGUGUGGAGCACAGAAGCACACGGCAGCCCUUUGCCAUCAAGAUGAUGGAGGUGGAGGCUCCGGAAGGGCGCCAGGUUUGUGCUUCAGAGCUGGCAGUUCUGCGCAGGGUGCGCCAUGCCAAUGUUGUACAGUUAGUGGAGGUGUUUCAGACCGCCCAGCGGGUUUACAUGGUGCUGGAGCUGGCCACUGGCGGGCAGCUGCUGGACCGGGUGGUGGCCAGAGGGCACUUCACCGAACGGCACGCCACCCGCGCCCUGCAGAUGGCGCUGGCUGGGGUGGCCUACCUUCACGCCUUGGGAAUUACCCACCGAAACCUGAAGCCAGACAACCUACUGUACUACCACCCCGGGCCCGAGGCCAGGCUGCUGGUGACAGACUUUGGCCUUGCCAGCAGUGGUGGUGUAAUAGCUGACUGGGCCUUGAGGACUACCUGUGCGACCCCAGAGUACAUGGCCCCUGAGGUAGUGCUGAGGAGACCCUAUACGUGUGCGGUGGACAUGUGGGCCAUGGGGGUCAUCUCCUACAUCCUGCUAAGUGGUUCAGUGCCCUUUGGGGAUGAAAGUCGGCCCAGAUUCUACAGGGCCAUCGUGACAGGCAGAUACAGCUUCCAAGGAGAGCCCUGGCCCUCCGUGUCCAACCUGGCAAAGGACUUUAUUGAGUGUCUGCUGGCCUCUGACCCCAGCUCCCGCAUGACCGCUGCUCAGGCCCUCAGUCAUCGCUGGGUUGUCACCAUGGCAGCCGGUUCCUCCGUGAAGAACCUGCAGCGCUCCAUCUCCCAGAACCUCCGGCGACGAGCGUCCCGCGCCUCCUCAUGCAGCCCCAGCUUGGCAGGUUCUGGUGGGCUUCACCGCACGCCGGCAGAGAGAGAAAUGCCUCAGCUGGAAGGAGACCAGGGACGGAGACAGUAGACAGAACAUAAGCACACCACCCAGCCGCUCAGCCCUGGCCUGCAGAUCCCCCCACCCCUCCCCCAUCCUAAAGAAGUUCAUCCCGGAGCUUCCUCCAUGCAACACCAACCCCAGACCCACCACCUGCUGCCAGUCAGAGAAUCUGAGUCUCAGGCAGGUUAAUGUAGGGAAGAGAACAUCUGCUCCAGCUCAAGCCAGGCUGCCAUGGCAGGCCUCAGAGCCUCCCCGAGCUCACAUUCUGUACCAGGCUCCAGUACCGUCUGUGGGUCAUAGGAAGGCCAUGGCAGCCCUGUCUGGUAGGGGUGUUGGGGAGAGGACGAUCUUAGCAGCAUCCACAGUGUGGACUGUAAACUCCCACUCAGACUUUCUCCAGGCCUCCCGGCCUAGAUCACAUACAGACUAACUGAAGGGUCCAAGCAAGUCCUCCAGGACAGCAUCAGAUCAAAACACAGAGAUAUUCAAGGUUUGCUCUACAGAAUGGAAUUAACUACUUAAUUGUGUGUAAUAUUAGAUAAUUACAUCCAACUUGCCAUUAUUUCCCUUAACUAAAAGUUCCAUCCAUUGAACAAAUUAAGCAAUAAGC